GCGGAUUUUGCGGUAUAAAAUGUAACGUGACACUGACAGCUGAUGCUAUUGGAAUGCCAUGCCAAAUGCCAAUGUAAAUAGUGAGGUAAGGAUAUAAAUAGAGGUAGGGCGGGAAGGGCGUCAGUCGUGCGCCGGGAGCAACCCUUAAACAACCUCUGUGUGGCCUGCAAAAGACUGUACUAACGUGCUUUGAAGACAUGGGAUCUAUAAGGAACAAGAACAUGCUGUUGUGGUCAGCUGUAUGGGCACUGCUGGUCACUUCAGGUGCUGCCCUCGACUGGUACGACGAGCCCGGAAGGUCUCUCAAUGAAGACAUCUAUCAGAAUUACAAUGUGGAGGGAGGUCCGCGUUCGCUGGCUUCCGCAGACGAUGGCAAGGACGUUGUAGACGACAUGGGUCGCGCUAUGUUGCUCUACAAAAUAAUGCAGAGUCUAAAACUCAGCAAAGGCAUCGCCGGACCUUACAGACCGAACCUUGAUACCGAUUACGUGGACCAACCUCCAAUGAAUACGGACAUCAAGGUGGUAAAACGGGUGACUAAAGCCGCGCAGCCCGAAGACGCGAAGAAGGCCAACGCUCAGGCACAAACCCAAUCGAAGCCAACAAAGGUGAAAGCGACACGCGCUCCUGUUUUGUGCUACUUCAAACUUUGCUCCUAUCGUGUGUCGUUCUAAAUUGUCAAAUCGGUUUUCUGUAUCACUUAAGCAUACUUAAAUUAUAAUCGAUUAUAAUCAUCUAACUUAGCUGGUUGCUUAACUACCAUGUUUUAAUAUUAAAUUGAUCUCCUAUGUUGUAGUAAUAUAUUCUAAAGGAUUUUAAAAGUAUUUAUCUUUACUAAUACA